AUGAAGUUGCAAGCAGCACUCGUCGGCCUCUUUGUUCUCAGUGGAAGCGUUGACAACGUAUUUGCGAUUCCUGAAUGUUGUCAAGGAGUAUGCACGAACACACACGAUCCCUCCAUCAUUCGACGUGACGAUGGAAAGUAUUUCCGCUUUUCCACUGGCAACAAAAUUGCCAUUCACUCUGCCUCUGACAUUUCGGGGUCUUGGGAGUAUUUGGGCGCUGCUUUACCCAACAAUUCGACGAUUAAACUACCGGGCAACGAUGAUCUCUGGGCUCCUGAUGUAAACAAAGUUGGUGAUACCUACUUUCUCUACUACUCGGUGAGUUCUUUUGGAAAGCAAAAUUCUGCUAUCGGGAUAGCGCAAUCGAAGACUAUGGAACCUGGUUCAUGGAGUGAUGUUGGCUCAACUGGUGUCACAAGCGAUGCUUCGAAGAGAUACAAUGCUAUUGAUCCAAACCUCUUUUUAGUUGGCAGCCAAUAUUACCUCAAUUUUGGUAGCUAUUGGCAUGGUUUGCACCAGACACCGAUGGAGUCAGUGCCAGUCAAGGCCAGUGGCAACGCUCCGUAUCAACUCGUCUAUGCCUCCAGAGAGGUGGUGGAAGCUGCAUUCGAGUUUGCCUACAACGGUUACUACUAUAUGUUCUAUAGCAAGGGCUCGUGUUGUGGUUAUCUCCAAAAGCGACCAAAAAAGGGAGAAGAAUAUCGAGUUCUCGUUUGCCGCUCAACGAGUCCCACUGGAGGAUUUAUGGAUAAAAGCGGAAAAGACUGUCGAAAGGAUGGUGGUACUAUUGUGCUUGAAAGUCAUAGCUUUGUAUAUGGUCCGGGAGGCCAGGGAGUCUUCGAUGAUCCAAAACAUGGUCCCGUGAUCUACUAUCAUUACGUGGAUACGAGAAAAGGCUAUGGGGAUGGAGAUAAGCUCUUUGGAUGGAACAAACUCGAUUUCUCGAGUGGCUGGCCUGUUAUUAUUGAGCCAAAGAAAGAUUCUACCGCCACAGAUCUAAGCAACGCCAUUGAGGAGCGUUACGCAUGUAAAUCUUUCUUGUCUACGCCCGUACCCGACGAGACCCUUAAAGAGAUUCUACGGCUUACUCAGCGAGGUCCAACAAGUUUUAAUGUUCAGCCUUAUGCUUGUAUCCUAGUACGAGAGAUGAAGGAUCGUGAAAGACUAGCAGAAGCAAUGAUGGAUAGUAAUGCCCGUAAAGUUAAAGAAGCUCCAGUGGUUGCAGUCUUUGCUGCUGAUUUAGAGCCUACGAAGCGUGUGCCGCGACUCCAGAUGCUAGCACACGACAAUGGAGCGUCGGUGGAUUUUGUAAACAAUAUGCCUCAUGUUAUACGUCUCUUUUCGGGAGAGGGACUAGUGCCUAGUAUUUUUCGAGCGAUCAUUUCAACGGCAGUGUCACCACUACGGCCCGCUCCAUCAAAUGUAUCAACUGAGGCUUGGGCAUUCAAGCAAACUGCUUUCGUAGCAGCGACAUUUCUUUAUGCUGCUCAAGCACAUGGUUUAGCAACAUGUCCGAUGGAAGGAUUUGAUCAAAUUCGCGUAAGGAAUCUACUCGAUAUUCCAGACCGCUACGGUGUGCCUGUUAUCAUUGCUCUUGGUCAUGCCAAUCCAGCUGUCAAACCUGACAAACGUUCGGCAAGAUUGAGCCCGACAGAAGUUUUUUUUGACGGAAAGUUUGGACAUUCAAUCGAGAAACUCUUUACGGAGAAGUGA